AUGCCAAAAAACCAUGAGACGCCACAUCAUCACGGAGAAGUAAGAAGUUGGCUGGCGGAAAGUGGGCAUUUUUUAAUUUGCGCCGGUGGAAUAUUGAUUUGUUAUUUUGUUUUUGGAAUUCAACAAGAGAGAAUCGUCCAAGGAAAGUACGAGCUUCCGGAUGAAUCUAUCGAGAAAUUCACGUUCACACAGGCGCUCGUCUUCUUUUUAUGCACAGCAAACACAAUUUACGCGUUUUUAAUUCGAAAAAAGACGGAAAUUGACAAUGUGCCAACGAAAAUGUACGCCGCCUCGGCAGCCAGUUAUCUUCUAGCAAUGGUAGCGUCGAAUCAGGCACUCCAAUACCUGCCGUAUCCGACUCAGGUGCUUGCGAAGAGCUGUAAACCGAUUCCAGUAAUGAUAUUCGGAGUCUUGUUCGCACAUAAAAGCUAUCACUGGCGCAAGUACUGUUACGUACUGAUGAUUGUCGUCGGCGUUGCAAUGUUUUUGUAUAAAAAUAAGAAAGGCGGUGCCGAGGACAAGGACUUUGGAUUUGGAGAGCUGCUUUUGAUAUUCUCACUUGCAAUGGACGGAACCACUACCUCAAUUCAGGAUAGAAUCAAGAAAUCAUAUCAGAGGACGGGUACUUCUAUGAUGUUCUACACGAAUUUAUAUUCUAGUCUUUAUUUGUCAGCGGGCCUCCUCGUAACCGGUGAACUUUGGUCGUUCUUCUAUUUCGUACAACGUCAUCCAUACGUUUUCUGGGAUUUAACCGGGCUCGCAAUUGCUUCAUGCCUCGGACAAUGGUGCAUAUUCAAGACAAUCGAAGAGUUCUCACCGUUGACUUGCUCAAUUGUCACGACAACACGGAAAUUGUUCACAAUUAUAAUAUCGGUGCUCUUCAUGAAUCAUCCGCUCUCUGGACGCCAAAUUCUCGCCACGACAGUCGUUUUUAGUGCACUUACAGCUGAUGUUGUUGAUGGAAAAAUGACGGCUGCAAAGAAGCCAUUGGCUGCAACUGAGCCAAAAGUGCAUAAUAAAUAAAUGUGUUUCUAGGAUCUUCUAAUAAUUUUUUUUCUGUUUUCUAGCUCUAAACUUGUAUUUAUUUCAUUCUUGUUCUACCAAAUUCCCACGGAUUCUACGCUUUAUGUUUCUAAAUUAUUAUUCUUUUUUAUUUAUAUCUGCAUUUUCUUCUAAAAACUCUGGUCAUUUUCUUGUUUUUUUCUUGGUAAUUAUAAAAAUUAGUCAUAC